AUGCCUUCAAAAGCCCUUCAAUGGUUAAGUCUUGUGGGUAUGAUAUGGCUUCAGUCUGUAAACGGGACAAACUCCAACUUUCCUGCAUACUCCUCUCAGCUCAAACAACUCCUCUCUAUGUCUCAAGUUCAGCUAAACAACCUUGCCUUUGCCUCAGAUGCUGGAAAACUAUUUGGUUUCUUUUCUGGCAUUGCUGCUCUUUACCUUCCUCUAUGGCUAGUUCUCUUGAUUGGUUCCGCUCUUGGUUUGGUUGGCUAUGGUUUGCAGUAUCUCUUCAUAACAAACCAAAUUUCGUCUCUUUCUUAUGCCCAUAUUUUCUUGCUCACUGUUUUGGCAGGAAACAGUAUUUGUUGGCUCAACACAGUUUGUUAUGUUGUUAGCAUCCAUAACUUCCCUUCUGAUCGCCAAGUUGCUGUAGGAAUAACCACUAGCUAUCAAGGAUUAAGUGCUGAAGUCUACACGGUGCUUGUUGAUGCCUUGUUUUCUUCUCCUGCCAAAAGAGCCAAAGGCUAUCUUCUUCUUAACUCUAUAUUACCUUUACUGGUUUGUGUGAUGGCCUCACCUUUUGUUAGACAUCUUAAUGUUGAAACUAGCAAGAACAUGAAAGUUGGGUUCAUAGUCAUCUUUUUUAUAACAAUAGCCACAGGAGUCUAUGCUGUUGUCAGCAGUUUGGGUUCCUUGUCAAGCCGGAUACCUCCAUUAGCCAAUGCCAUUGGUACCUUAGUGUUCCUGUUAGCCCCACUUGCAAUUCCUGUAGCAGAGAAGAUGAGAGAUAUGCUAUUAAAUGGAGAGAUGAAGGUUUACAUAGAGGAGAAUGUUGGUGACCAAGUUGAGAGAAUAGAGAGUGGGAUUAAAGAGGAAGAUGAUGAUAGAAGGGAAGCUCAAGUUGAGGUGGGCGUAAAGGAGGAAAUUGGGGCGAUGUUGAUGCUAAAAAGAGUUGAUUUUUGGUUGUAUUUCUCCAUAUAUUUCUCCGGUGCAACACUUGGGCUAGUUUAUUUGAACAACUUGGGACAGAUAGCUGAGUCUCGUGGCUCCUCAGCUACUUCUUCUCUAGUUUCUUUGUCUUCCUCAUUUGGCUUCUUUGGCCGUCUCAUGCCAUCUCUCUUGGACUACUUUUUGCCAAGGAGUAGGUAUUUGACAUCAACACCAGCUUGCGUAGCAGCAUUGAUGGCUCCAAUGGCAGGAGCUUUCUUCUUGCUCCUCAACACAACGAACGUCUCCCUCUACAUCAGCACUGCUGUUAUCGGUGUCUGUACUGGGGCAAUCACUUCCAUCUCCGUAUCAACAACUCGUGAGCUUUUUGGCACAAAGAAUUUCAGUGUCAACCACAAUGUCGUGGUCGCCAAUAUCCCAAUAGGUUCCUUCAUUUUUGGGUACUCAGCAGCAGUUCUUUAUCGCAGGGAAGGUAAUGGAGAUGGCAAGUGCAUGGGGAUGGAAUGCUAUAGGACAACUUUUGUUGUCUGGGGAUCCCUCUGUCUUUUUGGCACUUUCCUUGCUUUAGUUCUAUACGCUAGGUUGCGAAAGUUCUACUCACGUACAUAG